AUUUUACAAAACAACAAACCAACCCUGGGAAAAUAAUGUUAAUUCAUAUUCAUAGUAACAUAUAGACAAAAUAAUCCACCUUCCUCCUCUCUUUCCCUCUAUCUCUGUCUUCUCCAUUUCCCAUCAUAUCUCUCUCUCACUCAAAUGGAGUCAUGCAAGCUGAUCCAUCCACACCCGCACCCACGCCUCGAAGCCCGGCCCGGAAACUACGUCGUUUUACACCUACCCUUCAACCGCCCUAGCUGGGACCCACCUCUCCGGAAAAAGCUCUUCAAAACAACCCUCACCAUCCUAGCCCUCACUACAGCUGCUUUUUUACUAUGGCCGUCGAACCCGGACGUGAAGAUCGUACGGAUGAGGACGCGCCACGUAAGAAUCCACACGCACCCGCGCAUAGCUGUCGACGUCUCAUUGGACGCUACUGUAAUGGUGAGCAACAAGGCGGUGUACUCGAUGGACUACAAGGGUCUAUACGUGGCGAUCGGGUAUAGGGGGAAGGAGCUAGGUCACGUGAUGUCCGGUGGUGGACACGUGAGGGCGAAAGGGUUGUCGUAUGUGGAAACUAGGGUGGAGUUUGUUAGGGUGGAGGUGGUGAGAGAGUUGAUUUAUUUGGUGGAAGAUUUGGCUAAAGGGUUUAUUAAGUUUGAUACUCUUACUCAAGUUGAUGGGUCUUUUGGUUUAUCCUUCUUUCAAGUUCCUCUUAAGGCUAAGAUAUCAUGUGAAAUAGUUGUGAACUUGAAGCAGCAGACAGUCACAAGUCAAAAUUGCUACCCUGAGUUGCAGGAAACGCAUGAGGCUGCCUAAUCUAAAUACUCGAUCAUGCAUGUUAAGUUGCUAAUUAAGUGCCUUAGUGACACGGAUUACUCUGCCUAAUUUGGCUACACGCUUAAUUAAGCUAGGGUGCAAAGUUCUAGCUUAAAAUAGAACUUUAUACACAUAUAAUUAAGUCAUCAUCGUGUUGUAUAGAGUUGAUGCAAUCUUUCAAGGUCGAAUGAUCAUUGUAUAAGUUGGUUGUUGUGUUGCUAAUUGUUAUCGUUGUAUAAGUUGUAGUGUUGUUAAUUUCGUUGUUGCCGGUGUUUUUGAUUUAAAAGAGAUGUUUCAUUCAAGUAUACAGAGUUUUCUACUUCUGUAA